AUGAUCAUACUCCUGGCUGCCGUUUUCGUAUGCGUAUGUAUUGCCUAUUGUGCAGCGGCUGUGGAGUUCGCGUGGACUGGUGCGCGUAAUGACUUGUUGCUGAAUUUGCACAGGCAGUAUCUGUUGUAUAGUUUGGGCAUGAAUUAUGUGCGAUUCAGCAGCUGGAGCUGUGGCUUAAGUGUGGGCAAGGUUGGGAGUAAAUCAUACAGUUAA